UUCCGCCGCUGCAACAACCAACACCAACAGCAGCAGCAGUAGUAAGACUGAGUCACUCACUUGCAAUUUCAUCAUCAUCAUCAUCAAGAAUCUUUCACUCUUCUUCUUCUUCAUCAUCAGAAUCAAGUGCUGUGUGUGUGCUACUUCAACCAAAAGCACUUUCUAACUUGUUUCUAUGUAGACACCGACAGCACCAGCACAUUCUCAUAUUGAUCAUAAUAAUAACAACAGAAUGGGGUGUUUACAUUCAAAAACCGCUCAUCUUCAAUCUCCUGAAGACCCUCCCACUGACUUACCAGACCCCAACAAGCCCGAUCCAGGUGAUGGGGUUGGUGGUGAUGAUGGUGAAGAGAGUGAGGUUCCGGCAUUCAAAGAGUAUAGUUUAAGUGAACUGAGAAGGGCGACAAAUGAGUUCAACGCAAAGAACAUAGUUUCAGAGAGUGGAGAGAAAGCUCCGAACGUUGUGUACAAAGGGAAGCUUGAGAACAAUCGCUUCGUUGCUGUUAAGCGUUUCUCCAAACUUUCUUGGCCUGAUGCUCAGCAGUUCAUGGUAGAGGCUGCUGGAGUUGGGAAAGUGAGGCACAAGAGACUGGUGAAUCUAAUUGGCUGUUGCGCCGAAGGAGAUGAGCGGCUCUUGGUAGCCGAGUUUAUGCCAAAUGAUACUUUGUCAAAGCAUCUCUUUCAUUGGGAUAAGCAACCGUUACCAUGGGAAAUGCGUGUUAGAGUUGCAUACCAUGUUGCUCAGGCAUUGGAUCAUUGUAGCAACGAAAACCGGAAAAUAUAUCAUGAUCUGAAUGCCUAUAGGAUUCUCUUCGAUGAGGAUGGUGAUCCCCGUUUAUCUAGUUUUGGGCUUAUGAAAAAUAGUCGAGAUGGAAAAAGCUACAGUACUAACUUAGCAUAUACCCCACCUGAAUUUUUGCGAACAGGUAGGAUAAUCCCUGAGAGUGUGAUUUACAGUUAUGGAACUGUUCUUCUGGAUCUUUUGAGCGGCAAGCAUAUUCCUCCGAGCCAUGCACUAGACCUAAUUAGAGGGAAAAAUGUAUUGAUGUUGAUGGACUCGUCCCUCGAAGGGCAAUAUGCAAAUGAUGAUGCUACAAAGUUGGUUGAGCUUGCUUCAAAGUGUCUUCAGUUUGAGGCUAGAGAACGACCCGAUAUCAAUUUUCUUCUUACUGCAGUUACACCCCUUCAGAAGCAGAAAGAGGUAGCAUCACAUGUGUUAAUGGGCCUUACAGUGAAUAAUACACCGGUGCUUCCGACCAUACUUUCUCCCCUCGGAAAGGCGUGUGCGAGAAUGGAUCUUACUGCGGUGCAUGAUAUAUUGUUAAAAACUGGUUAUAAAGACGAAGAAGGUGCAGAAAAUGAGCUUUCUUUCCAAGAGUGGACACAACAAGUGCAAGAUAUAUUGAACACAAAAAAGUUUGGGGAUAUUGCAUUUAGAGACAAGGACUUCAAAAAUGCAAUUGAGUAUUAUUCUAAGUUGGUGGUUAUGAUGUCGGUUCCUUCUGCAACCGUGUUUGCAAGGAGAUCCUUCUCCUACUUAAUGAACGAUCAGGCGGAACUUGCGUUACGCGACGCCAUGCAGGCGCAGGUAUGCAUAUGUGAUUGGCCAACUGCGUUCUACCUGCAGGCUCUGGCUCUCUCGAAGCUGGGAAUGGACACAGAUGCUCAGGACAUGCUUAAUGAUGGAGCAGCCUUUGAAGCCAAGAGGUCUAACAGUUGGCGUGGCUAGUAAAAUGCUAAUUUUGCUGUUCUUUGCUCACUAAACUAGAAGAGUGGCAUUUUGAUGUAAUUUGUACUUUCGUAGAAUAGAGAAUAUGUAGGGUUCUAAUUUAGGGUGGCCAAGAAAACGAAUUCCUUUAUAAGAUUUUAUCAAGGGAUGUUAGAGUAUAGAUUUUCCAAUACAAAUGAAUCCUGUAGCAUGAAUUUUCUCCAUAUGAAAAUAAGUUCUUUUAUGUCA